AUGGCGGCGCCGCCCUACCGUCGUGGAGCCCCAGCCGCGUCUCCUUGUCUCGGAGGCAGCCGCCGGGGUUUUCGCUUCAGCCGCGGGGCGACUCCGCUCGUGCCCCGCCCUUUGAGUUUUUUCAGGUUCUCCAAGUGUGCCGUCUCGCUUCUUCUGCUCUUUGUCUCUCUCCUGUGGCCUGCUGAAAACUCGCCGCACGAUGACGCCAGUCGCUCGCGCGCGCCUGGGCUGCGUCCGCCGCCGCCGGUCGCCCGCCUGGCUGCCGCGUCGAUGGCGGGGCGCAGCGAAUCCACAACAGUCGACGCCGACGACGCGCAGGAAGGGCUCGAGGUGCGCCGGGCGAGUCGCUCUCGGCGCGGCGAGGCCCGUGGGAGCCCGGAGGACACGUCGGUCGAGGAAGGCCCGACCGUGUCGACGGCACACGUCCUGCGCGACGGCCGCAACCUGCGGUCCCUGCGCCGCCGCGUGUCCCAGCGCAGCACGCCGAGGGAAUCCGCAAAAGCCAGCCAUUUGGUCUCCUCCCUCGUCCGCCACACGCCCCGGGGCGGCGACGCCGCCGCCGCAGGCGCGGUGGGGGAGGGGGACGCCUCAGCGGCACCGAGGGGGGCCUCCACCGACGGCGGCAUGAACACGGCGACUCGCACGCGGCUUCUGGCGGGAGGCAGAAGGCGGGGCGUCGAGCCUCUCGAGACCGCCGAGAAAGAAAGCGCGAACGGCCGCCCCAGGACGCCGUUCGCCGACCGCAACCUGGGCAGAGCCGUGAGGCUGAAGCGGGACGACGGCACAGCGCCGAGGGAAAUCGAGGAAUACUUCCGCAACGCGGCUCGCCGGAAAGUCCCCAAGCUGUUUGCCCAAGCCGUGCGGAUGCCGGGGGGGUCGGCCUUCUUCAAGACUGCGUCUAUCCUGCUGCUCACGUAUCUCGCGUGGAGAUUCGUGGUGAAAAAUCGGUUGCCCACCUGGGUCCCGGGAAGCGGUAAAGCGGCCAAGAAGAAGCCAGACAAAAUAGAGCUCGCCUCGGCAUGGCAUGGCAGGCAAGAGGGGGAGGGCGCUGGCGCGGACGAGGCGAACGCCGCGACGAAAAAAGACCUGAAAGGCGCGUCAGACCCCAAAGAACAAUUGAAGACGGCCAACAGACUGAAGCUCUUCAACGCGCGCCUCGACGCCGUUCGAGAAACGACGAGCAGAAAGAAGACGCUCCUCGAAUUGCAGAGAGAGAGUCGGAUGCUGAAGCACGAAAUCAGCGAGCUGUACCCCACUCUGCAGAGACUCCGCGCGGCGAACAUGGUGCUGGAACGCGAACUGGCUGCCGGCGCAUUGACGGGACCCGGAGUACUGACAGGCGGCGCGUCGGGGGGCCUCGCCUCCUCGAGGUUUGCGGGCGCGGGCGGCGCUCCAGGAGCCCGCAUGGAUCGCGCGGAGCUCGAGGCCCUCGUGGCGUCCAUCUUGGAUCCCACAGAGAUGCCCGUCCUCCCCGCCAGCGCCUACUACGGCACCGGCGGCACGCGCCCUGGGUUCCCUGGGGGCGCGCCAGGCGCCGCGUCCACCGUGCAGGGCGGGUUCCCGACUGGCUGGCCCCGGAGCGGCUCAGAGCGCGUGCCGUCGGCGCCGUAG